AUGGCCUCCGCUGGGAUGCAGAUCCUGGGCAUCAUCCUGACCAUCCUCGGCUGGGUGAAUGCCUUGGUGUCAUGUGCCCGGCCCACGUGGAAGGUGACCGCCUUUAUAGGCAGCACCAUCAUGGUGGCCCAGGUGAUGUGGGAGGGGCUGUGGAUGUCCUGUGUGGUGCAGAGUACAGGCCAGAUGCAGUGCAAGGUCUACGACUCCCUGCUGGCCCUGCCCCAGGACCUGCAGGCGGCCCGCACCCUCAGUGUGGUCUCCCUGCUGGUGGCACUGAUUGGCCUGCUGGUCUAUAUGGCCGGGGCCAAGUGCACUACCUGCGUGGAGGACAAGGACUUCAAGGCUCGCCUGGUGCUCACUUCUGGGAUCAUCUUUGUUGUCUCAGGAAUUCUGAUCCUCAUCCCCAUUAGCUGGACAGCCAACACCAUCAUCCAAAACUUCUACAAUCCCCUGGUGGCCGAGGCCCAGAAGCGGGAGCUGGGGGCCUCGCUCUACCUGGGCUGGGCUGCCUCUGGUCUUUUGUUGUUGGGGGGUGGGCUCCUGUGCUGCACAUGCCCCUCAAGGGGGUCCUGGGGCACCAACCAUUACAUGGCCCGCUAUACAGCAUCUCUUCCAUAA